AAGCUGUCUCAAGCUCCCACUAAGCCAAAACAUGUCAAAGAAACAUGCAUUGUUCCUUUGUUUCCUAUCGGUAUUGCUAGUUAAUUUAACCAGCUUUGGCCAAAGUCGUUCUAUUGCUUCAAAUAACUCGCUGUUCAAUUUAGUCUCUGAUGGCAUAAACCAGAGUUCUUGGUAUGAACCAAAUUUUCUUUGGUUAAAGCAUAGCUUGUUUGCAUCAGACAGCUGCGAUGAGACGUACGGUUUCUUGCCAUGUACCAGCACUUCCCUUGGUAAUAUCUUCCUCAUCAUGGUCUACGGUUAUGUGAUGUUCCUUUCAGCCAAGUUAUUGUCAGCUGGAAGUGAGAUUCUCCUGCAGAUUUUAGGACCUGGUAUCAUAGGGGGUCUCUUCCUGCCUCUGUUGAGUGCUGUACCAGAUGCCACCAUUAUCCUUGCAUCAGGGCUUUCUGGAGAUACGGCAACGGCACAAAGUCAGGUCUCUGUUGGAAUGGGCUUGCUAGCUGGAUCCAAUGUGAUGCUUCUUACAAUCCUUUGGGGCACCUGUCUUAUAGUUGGCAAAUGCGACCUUGAAAAUUCAGUUGCAGUUGACGAAAAAGAUACAAAACGUUUUAGCUUAACCGGAUCUGGAGUGACCACAGAUGUAUGGACUAGCUAUGCUGCAGCGAUCAUGGUCAUCUCCAUUAUUCCUAUUGCAAUUGUCCAACUACCUCAAGCUUUCAGUGCAACUUCUGAAAGUACCUUGCCAAUUCUAAUUUCACUAAUUGUUGCCAUCUGUUUUGUAAUGGCUUAUAGCAUUUAUCAGGUUUUUCAGCCUUGGAUUCAGAAGAGAAAACUUGCAUAUGCAAAGCAUAAGCAUGUGAUGUCAGAGAUUCUAAAGCAGUUGAAAGCAAACGCACUUGGGAGAUUUCUUACAGAUGAUGGUGCUCCUAACAAAGUUGUUAUAGAAAAGUUAUUCAGGACACUAGAUUUGAACUCGGAUGGUUACCUUAACACCACAGACCUGAGAUCUUUGAUAAUAGGAAUAGAAUUUGAUGAUGGCACAGAUAUAAAUAUUGAUGAAGCCGCUUCUCUAGUGAUGAGAGACUUCGAUACAACGCUUGAUUCGAAGAUUGAUAUUGAUGAAUUCUUCAAAGGAAUCUCAAGGUGGAUUAACAAGGCUAAGCGUGCUGCAAUGAUGGACCGUGGAAAUGUUCUGCUAUCAAUGAAACUGUUAGAUGAUUUUGAUAAGCACACAAUGGAAGAACAAGAUCGGUAUAGGGAUCCGAUUGAUGAGAUUGUGGAGGAUGUUAAAGAUGCACGCUGGCAUGCUUCAAAAGCAGUACUAAUGUUGCUCCUGGGAACCAUUAUUGCUGCUAUUGUUGCUGAUCCCCUUGUUGAUGCUGUAGACAACUUCUCAACUGCAACAAGUAUUCCUACAUUCUUCGUCUCGUUUGUGAUUCUGCCUUUCGUUAGCUCCAGCGAGAUCGUGUCCACUCUAAUAUUCGUCAGCCGGAAGAAGCAGAGAACAGCAUCCUUAGCCUACUCUGAAAUAUAUGGAUCAGUAACAAUGAGUAACAUCCUCUCCCUGGCAGUGUUCUUGGCUCUUGUCUACAUCAGAAAUCUGACAUGGAGUUUCUCAGCGGAAGUUCUCGUCAUUAUAAUCGUCUGUGUUCUAAUGGGGGUUGCGGCUAGUUUACGCACUACCUUCCCUGUUUGGAUGUGUUUUGGGGCUGUGUUGCUUUAUCCUCUCUCUCUGUUGCUGGUUUACAUUCUUGAAUAUGUUUUCGGGUGGUCAUAGACGUCAGUUCUAAGCCGCUUUCAAUCGACUCAUGUUACAUAAAUUUGAAUGCUCUUAAAUCUUUGGAGCAGUAUGGUAAACAAGAUAUCAGUUUUUGUCAUAUUAGUAAAAUUUCAACUGAUCAUGCCUCUC